UUUGUGAGUGAAAGUGUGUGUGAGAAUGUGUGUGAGAGUGGGAGUGUGUGUGUGUUUGUGAGAGAGAACGUGUGUGAGAGAGUGUGUGUGUGAGAGAAAGUGUGUGUGAGAGGGGGAGUGUGUGUGAGAGAAAGUGUGUAUGUGUUAGAGAAAAUGUGUGUUUGACAGUGUGUGUUUGAGAGUGUGUGUGUGAGAAUUUAGGCUUUACAGUGGGAGCGUGGGAGUGUGUGUGUGUUUGUGAGAGAAAGUGUGUGUGAGAGUGGGAGUGUGUGUGUGUGUUUGUGAAACAAAGUGUGUGUGAGAGUGUGUGUGUGUGUGUUUGUAAGAGAGUGUGUGUGAGGGAGUUUUUGUGAGAGUGUGUGUGUUUGUGAGAGAAAGUGUGUGAGGGAGUGUGUGAGAGUGGGAGUGUGUGUGUGUUUGACAGAGAGAACGUGUGUGUGAAAGUGGGAGUGUGAGAAUGUGUGUGACGGAGAGUGUGUGUGAGAGAAAGUGUGUGUGAGAGAGAAAGUGUGUGUGUGACGGAGAAAGUGUGUAUGUUUGAGAGUGUGUGUGUUUGAAAGUGUGUGUGAGAGUGGGAGUGUUUGUGAGAGAAAGUGUGUGUGAGAAUAUGUGUGAGGGAGUGUGUGAGAGUGUGUGUGUGUGUUUGUGAGAGAGAACGUGUGUGAGAGAGUGUUUGUGUGAGAAAGUGUGUGUUUGAGAGUGUGUGUGAGAGAAAGUAUGUGUGAGGGGGAGUGUGUGUGAGAGAAAGUGUGUGUGAGUGGGAGUGUGUGUGAGAGAAAGUGUGUGUGAGAGUGUGUGUGUUUGUGAGAGAGAACGUGUGUGAGAGAGCGUGUGUGUGAGAGUGUGUGUGAGAGAAAGUGUGUGAAAGUGGAAGUGUGUGUUUGUGAGAGAGAACGUGUGUGAGAGAGUGCGCGUGUGUGUGUGUGUGUUUGUGAGAGAGAACGUGUGUGUGCGAGUGUGUGUGUGUGUGUGUGUGUGUGUGUGUGUGUGUGUGUGUGUUUGUGAGAGAGAACAUGUGUGAGAGAGUGUGUGUGUCAGAAAGUGUGUGUUUGAGAGUGUGUGUGAGAGAAAGUGUGUGUGAGAAUGUGUGUCAGAGUGGAAGUGUGUGUGUGUUUGUGAGAGAGAAAGUGUGUGAGUGUUUGAGAGUGUGUGUGUACAUACAGUAUAUACUUACUGUCAAGGCGUGGACUUGGAUUGUUUUCGCCAGGUGCAAAGCGAAUGGAUUGCAAACGGCGUGAAGCCUCGGUUCCCCAGUUCACCAACUCCCCCACCAUGAUUGUGAUGGUGGGGCUGCCGGCCAGGGGGAAAACGUACAUUUCAAAGAAGCUCACCAGAUACCUGAACUGGAUCGGGGUGACCACCAAAGUGUUUAACGUCGGUCAGUACCGCAGAGACGCAACGCGGUCCUACAACAGCUUUGAGUUCUUCAGACCCGACAACAUGGAGGCCAUGAAGAUACGCAAGGCAUGUGCCAUGGCGGCGCUUAAAGAUGUGUGCGACUACUUCACCAUAGAGCAGGGCCAGGUGGUGGUUUUCGAUGCCACCAACACCACACAAGAACGCAGGGAGCUCAUCCUCAGCUUCGCAAAGGAGAACGGCUACAAGGUUUUCUUUGUGGAGUCCAUCUGUGACGAUCCUCAGAUCAUUGCUGAGAAUAUUAAACAAGUGAAGCUGAGCAGUCCCGACUAUGUCAACUGCGACAAAGACGAGGUCGUGGCAGACUUCCUGAAGAGGAUCGACUGUUACAAGCAGACUUACGUGGCGCUGGACGACGACGAGGACAGGAACUUGUCCUACAUCAAGAUCUUCAACGUGGGCAGCAGGUAUCUGGUGAACCGGGUCCAGGACCACAUCCAGAGCAGGAUCGUCUACUACCUCAUGAACAUCCACGUCACACCGCGCUCCAUCUACCUGUGUCGCCAUGGCGAGAGCGAGCUCAACCUGGUGGGUCGCAUCGGAGGAGACUCGGGGCUGUCGGCUCGCGGCGCCAAGUUUGCCAGCGCUUUGGGAGCGUACCUGCGGAAGCAGUGCAUCAGCGAGCUGAAGGUGUGGACCAGCCACAUGAAGAGGACCAUCCAGACUGCAGAAGCUCUGGGGGUUCAGUACGAGCAGUGGAAAGCUCUCAAUGAGAUUGAUGCUGGGGUCUGCGAGGACAUGACCUAUGAGGAGAUCCAGGAGAAUUAUCCCGAAGAGUUUGCACUGCGAGACCAGGACAAGUACCGCUACCGCUACCCUAAAGGAGAGUCUUACGAGGACCUGGUGCAGCGCUUGGAGCCGGUCAUCAUGGAACUGGAGAGGCAAGAGAACGUCUUGGUCGUCUGUCACCAGGCGGUGAUGAGAUGCCUGUUGGCGUACUUCCUGGACAAAAGUGCAAACGAGCUGCCCUACCUCAAGUGUCCUCUUCACACCGUCCUGAAACUCACACCAGUGGCUUACGGGUGCAAAGUGGAGUCGGUCUUCCUGAACAUCGAGGCUGUGAACACGCACCGAGACAAGCCGGUGAACGUGGAUGUGGACAGAGACCCGGAAGAGGCCCUGGAGACGGUCCCAGAACACAUCUAGAUGGACAAGAACGCCAAAGACGAGCCAGUUUUGACAGGCGCCUGGUUCUUUUGUGUAAAACUACAUGGAUCUCAUGAGACCAUGUCAAGACCUCUGCCUUUACAAAUAUAAUAACACUCAAGAGAGAUACUUAUGUAACCAGCAACCAGUUAUAAACUUGUCGCUAUGGCCGACAAAAACAGAGUCGUACUAAAUCUGAAGAAAUUUUUUUCCUGUCAAAAAUAUUAAUUCAAAACUACUCAACAUAUUAAAGAGCGGUGGUACUCAACCUUUUUGACCUCAGGGACCAACUUUUCCACUGCAAAGGGGACCGGGGGCUACUUGAAUGUUAAGACUGAACUAGAUGAGGUGUGAAUGCUCCAAUGCUGAAGUUGAACUGAAAUAAUGACAGAAUGUAGUAUGAAUGUAAGAAUAUAUUUUAAAUGUUAAGGACUUUAAAUUUCCAGGAAAAACAGAAUUUGGUUUGGAACUUGGGAAAGUGUUAGUUUGAAUGUCCAGGAUUAGUGGAAUAUGUUGAUGUUGGAAUGGUUUGAAUCGGUCAAAAAAGGUGGGAAUAGUGGAAGUUAAAAAAAUAGACAAUUCAUUUUGAAUGGGGAAAAUGUCGCUGAAAACUGGGAAUUCUUGGAAAUCGGGGAAUUUUUUUUUAAAUUGUUGAAGGAGAGCACACAAUUUUGAUCAGGCUGAAUAUUUUGAAGUUGGAACGGUUUGAAUCGGAUAGAAAAUGUGUGAGUCGUGGAACUUUGACAAAUGUCCCAUUCAUUUCAAAAGGAAUUUCAUGGAUAUUUGAGAAUUUCGGGAAAAGCAGGAUUUUUGGGGGGAAAAUGUUAAAAGACUUGAAUGUUUUGAAUAACAUAAAAUGGUUGGUGUUGGAAUUUUUCAAAUCGGUCAAGAAAUGUUGAAGUAGUAUCAUUUUUAAUUGAGAAAAUGGUAUUAGGAAUUCCAGGAAUACAGAGAAUUAUCUCCGUUUUUGUCCUGAUUAAGAGGAAUGUUAGACGGUGGAACUGUUGAAGUGGGUUGAAAAAUGUGGAAGGAGUAGUCAACAGAAAAAAGGGUUUGAAAAAAAAAAAAAAAGAGUUCAGCGAAUUCCUGGGAAAAAUUUUUAACUUGGAAAAAUGAUAGUUUGAAUGUCCAGGAUGUGGAACAUGUUGAAGGUGGAAUGGUUUGAAUCGGUUAAAAAAUGUGGAAUUGGUGUAAGUUUGAAAAAUGGAUAAUUUAUUAUGAAUGGGAAAAAAUGUCCCAGAAAGUCUGGAAAUCCAUCCAUUCAUCCAUUUUCUACCGCUUAUUACCUUUUUGGGGUUGCGGGGGGCGCUGGCGCCUAUCUCAGCUACAAUCGGGCGAAAUAGGCGCCUGGAAAUCUGGAUUUUUUUUUUCAAGGGAAAGCCAUCGAUUCCUGAAUAGGCUGAACAGUUUGAAGUUAGAAUGGUUUGAAUCGAAUGAAAAAUGUGGGAUUUGUGGAACUUUGAAGAAUGUCCCAUUCAUUUCAAAAGGAAUUUCAUGGAUAUUUGAGAAUUUCGGGAGAAGCAGAAUUUUUGGGGGGAAAAUGUUAAAAGACUUGAAUGUUUUGAAUAACAUAAAAUGUUUGGUGUUGGAAUUUUUCAAAUCGGUCGAGAAAUGUUGAAGUAGUAACAUUUUUCUAUUGUACUACGGAAUUUCAGGAAAACUGGGAAUUAUCUUAGUUUUUUUUCCUGAUUAAGAGGAAUGUUUGGCCGGUGAAACGGUUGAAAAAUGUGGAAGGAGUAGUUGACAGAAAAAAGAGUUUGGGAAAAAAAGGGAAUUCCUGGAAUUUUUUUGAACUUGGAUAAAUGAUAGUUUUAAUUUACAGGAUGAGUGGAUUAUGUUGAAGGGGGAAUGGUUUGAAUCGGUUGAAAAAUGUGGAAAUGGUGUAAGUUUAAAAUAAUUGAUAAUUUAUUUUGAAUGGGAAAAAAUGUCCUGGAAAACGUGGAAUUUUUUUUUUAAUUUGUCAAGGAAAAGCCCGCGAUUCCCGAAUAGGCUGAACAGUUUGAAUCAGGUGAAAAAUGUGGAAGGUAGAGCGUGCCAAAAUCUGGAGAAGCAGAAUAAUGCUUUGGAGCAUUCACACAAAUUAGUCUUUAAUUUAAUUGUAUUGAUUAAUUAUAUUUAACCUAAUUAGUUAAAAACCUUGUCAAAUGAUAUGAAAGAAUAUGUUGAUCACAAAGAUUAUUUAACAAAAACCUUAGGCUUGGGUCAGACUGAAUAUUAAAAUAAGUACUAGUCAAAUAUACUGCAUGUAAAAGUGUAAAUAUGAAAGGUAAAUAAAUCUACAUAGGAAAUGUUUUGCUAAAACAAAUAUAUUAACGUAUGUUUAAACUGUCAAUACAAUUAAAGUACAAAUGAAAAUACAGCUUCUUUACUUUAGUCAUAUUUUUUGCGCUUAAGAAACCUCUUUGACUUUAACUACAGACUUUUGUGUUUGUUUGAUAUUGUCAUUACUGCCACAAGUGGUGGAAAAGUGUAUUACAACAGAAUACCACAUGAAAAAGAGAUUUUUUUUUUUUUUUUACAGUUAGCACUGUUAUUGAUAAUAGUUUUGACAAUGAAGGUGGAGCCACAAAUUAUUUUCUGAUAUUCAAUAGUGUUUCUCACCUUCUUUAUCAAAGUGCUUAUUUUUGCAGUCAUAUUUAUUGGGGGGGGAAAAAACAGACUGAGUCGCUAACCCUUGGGAUUUUUUGGACCCCAAAUUCAGCCGAAUGACACGCAGGCAAACUCACUGGUUUGUUGUGCGAAACGUUCGGCGAAAACUUGCGAUUUUGGAAUAAAUAAGAUCCGCUUCUUCCUACUCCUUUCCGGACUUGUGUUUUGCACAUAAUGUUCAAUGUUACUUUUAGGCAUGUUUCAAACUAAAACACUAUAAACGCAGCGCAGGUGUACGAACAAAUACACAUCUGACUCUGAUUAUUAUAUCUGUAAAGGCAGAACUUCUGAUGCAAGCCUGACAAAGUGCAAUCACAGGUGCUAAAAAAAAAAGGGUAUACAAAUGACCUUUACGUGAAUAUUCAAAUAUGCACUUUACGAAUGCUCAGGGAUUAAGUGACCUAGAAAGAAGACAUUUCACACACCUGCAUGAAAAUCCUCAUUUAGUUGCACCCUGAUAAUUUAGGUAAUCAAUCCCAUGGCGGGGCAUCAGUUACCAUGGUGACGCUGCAGUCCUGGUCCCGCUUAAAUCACGUGACCCGUUUGAUGUUUCAGUCUGCUGUGCUAAUUCUGGAGAAGUACACACAGCAAUAAAAAGCACAAUAAGAUGCGGUCACAUGACCCAAUGCAGGAAAUGGAUGAUGCUUUUUGGACUGUUUACCGUUGGAAGUCGUGAGGGAAACCAAAACUGAGCCAUAAUCACGCCGACCGUCCUGAGACUCCACAAUGUGCCUGAGAUGAAGGUUAAAAAAAAAAAAAAAGACAUAGCAAA